AUGACUGAUUUUGACACAGGUCAAUUAGCACCGUCACCAACACCACAAUCAAACGGACACAGUGAUCCUAGAUCACAACUUGAAACUACACUUGAAUCUUUAAUCAAUAGAUUAUGGGACAUAACAGUAAAACUCAAUGAAUAUGACAAUCAUCAGAAUAAACAGUCAUUAACAAACUCAUUAGUGGAUCUUGCAACAUUAUAUGAAAGGGUAAAUAUGCUUCAAGAAAAAAUCAAACAAAUAGAUGUACCUAUAAAUGUAAUAGAUUCUAUUGAUGAAGGUAAAAAUCCAGAUAUUUAUAUGAGAGAUUAUGUUGAAGAAGUUAUGAUUGAACAUAUGUCUGUAAUAAAUAAAAAUGAUGCUGUGAUGGAUUUUAAGGACCUGGUUUUAAAUCAAUUAGGAGAAAUAUUUCCAGCAGAAUCUAAUAUUUACAAAAAUAAAAAUCAGAAAAACCUUGAGUAA